AUGGGAGAAUCAAGUGUUAUUGGAAUUGAAACUGCGGCCAAUACUGUAAAUGCUCCUAAACCACUACUAGGAAUGAAGUUUAAUAGUCAUGAAGAAGCUUAUAACUAUUAUAACUCUUAUGCAUUGUUGAUGGGUUUUGGAAUAAGGAAGAGCAGUGUGAAUUACUCUCGCAAGACUAGAGAAGUGGUAGACAAAAAGUUUGUUUGUGAUAAGGAGGGCUAUAAACCUAAUAGUGGCAAGAUAGAGAUCCCUCUUCAGCGAGAGACCCGAGUGGGAUGUAAGGCAAUGAUGCGAGUUAAAUUAUUGGAGGACAAAUCGUGGGAGGUCACGGGGUUUGUUGAAGAACAUACAAAUCAUGUGUUGAGUAGUCCAGACAAAGCAAAAAUGCACAGAUCACAUCAACAAUUUCAUAAAACUCAAAGAUGUAAAGAGAAGAAGAGUAUGACAGCGAAUGAUCCAGAAUUUUAUUUUGCAAUAGAAGUAGACAGUAGUGGACAAAGGAGGAGUGUAUUCUGGGCCGACGGAAGAUCAAGAGCAUCUUAUUUGCAAUUCAGUGAUGUUAUUGCGUUUGGUGUGACAUACAGAACUAAUAAGUUCGGUCUUUCAUUUGCUCCAUUUACUGGUGUAAAUCACCAUAGGCAGUCCACUUUACUUGGUUGUGCAUUAUUAGCCGAUGAACAGGAAGAUACCUUUGUUCGGUUAUUUGAAGAAUGGCUGAAAUGCAUGCACGGCAUUGAACCAGGUGCUAUUAUAACAGAUCAGGAUAGAGCAAUGUGUAAUGCUAUUCACUCAGUGUUUCCAACGAAAAGACAUCGUUAUUGCUAUUGGCACAUGCAAAAGCAUAUUAUUGAUCAUUUGCCUACUUUGGUAUCUCGUUAUGGUGAACAGUUUCAAAGGUAUUGGGGCUUGUGGUGCAAUAGUUCUUCAAUUGAACAAUGUGAAGGAUAUUGGGUUGAGAUGAAAGAGAAGUUUGAUAUAAAUGAAGAAGGGGAGGGAUGGUUGCAAAUAGUUUACAAAUGCAGAGAACACUAG